AUAUUUUUAUUUUAAGUUUUACACAUUUCAGUUAAAUAACAUUAAUGCAAAGUCAGCAUUUUAGAGUGAAGCAGGACAUGAGAAAUAACUUGCUUGUUUUUGGUAUAGUCUCCACCCUCCAGUCUCCACCAUCUUGUUGCUCUGUCUAUUCUUAAAAAAAUUGCAUCUUUCUUUUCCAUUCAAAGCAACUGAUCCGUCGUCAAAAUCCCUAAUUUUGCUUCUUCUCCGUCGUCUUCAGAGAUGGAGAAAGCAUCUUCUUCAUCACUCACUGAGAAUCUUCUCAUUGAAGAGAGAGAAGAAGUCAUGGUCACUGAGAAAGGUCACACCUUGAGCAAAACCCAUUUCUUAAAACCCUUUGUUACCUCCAUUGAUGACUCUGUAGCUGAGCUUCCUCGUCAUGGUCAACGUCUCCUUGCUUCUUCUCUGGAACUAGAACGCUUAUCUUCUCGGAUUUCCUUCUCUGGGUUUUGGGUUGCAGAGUGUCUUUUCUUAUCAUGGCUUAGAAAAAUGGAAGCUUUACACGCACACACUUGGAAAAAAUCUGGGAUCUUUGAAGCAAUCAAGGUAUCUACUUACAGUAUCACUAAAAACCAGCCUUUGAUUCUCUCCAUUGCUGAGAAAUGGUGUCAUGAAACCAAAUCUUUCGUCUUUCCUUGGGGUGAAGCAACGGUAACCUUAGAGGAUGUAAUGGUGCUUCUAGGGUUUUCCGUUUUGGGUUCUCCGGUCUUUUCCUCUUUAGAAAGCUCGGAGAUAAGAGAUUCCGUGAAGAAACUGCAAAAAGCUAGACUAGAGAACAGGUGCAAGGACGGGCGCGUGACUGAAUUACAGUGGAUUUUGAGUUUCAGAAACAGAGAUGAUUCGUUAGAGCAUGAAGCCUUUCUUGCUUUGUGGCUUUCACAUUUUGUUUUCCCUAAUAAGAAUCAUCGUUCUAUAACUAUGAAGAAUCUCCCAAUUGCUGUUCGUUUAGCUAGAGGAGAAAGGAUUGCUCUUGCCACUCCUGUUCUCGCAAACAUAUACAAAGAUUUGGGUGAAAUUUCGAGAGGUAAGUCCACUACUAAAUAUCUUAAUCUACAGUCUCUGUUCAAGUUAGUUCAACUUUGGAUAUGGGAGAGAUUUGAGAACUUGAGACCAGAAGCUAAAGAGAUACCUAAUGGUGAGCCUAGAAUUUCUCGGUGGGACGGUCUGCAACAGAAAACUGCGAAUGUGAGAUUGAUUUUCGAUGAUUUCGAGUGGCGUCCAUACACUAAAGCUUUGAAGAACUGGAACCCUCUUAAGUUUUAUGUUGAAGAAGCUAUGUGGGUGAAUGUUGAUGACAAACUUGAAGAUGAGUUUGUUUCGUUUGCUCGGUGUGUGAGGAGUUCUAAACUUGUUGGUAUUGGUUUUGUAGAAGAUUACUAUCCUAAUCGUGUUGCAAUGCAAUUCGGGCUUGCUCAAGAUCUUCCUGGUUUUGUUACUAAUCACAGAAACUUCACAGAAAAAGAAGCUUGGGAUGAUUACAACAAGUCUCUUGAUGGUUUGAAGCUGUACAUUCCUUCUCGUCUCGCUGCAACUUCUGUUACUGCAAGAUACCAAGACUGGUGGCUGAAAUCAGUUUCAGAGUUUCUGGAUUCCUCGAAGUCAACUGAAACUUUUAAUUUAAGUAAUACUGUUGAUGAUGAUGAUACUGUAUCUCCUAAGGUACUUCCCUUGAGUCAAGUUCUUCGGAGAUUAGGACGGGGGUUUCCUGAAAAUCUCAAAAGAUGUAGGUCACUUAGAAUAGGUAGAAAUCUGAGGUGUGAGAUGGAGAAAGACAAGAAUGGUGAUGGUGAUGGAUCAACUUCAACAGAACUGCCACGUAGUCGUUUGUUUCAGAAGGAAUUAGUGAAUGAGACAAGUGAGAAUCUGAGAAUCAAGCUAGCUCCUGAGGAUGAUGAGAAUUGUGAUGAUGACAUUACCGUUGCUCAGAGGAUCAAAUCUAGAGAGAAAAUUGAAAGAAGUUCUGCUGAACCACUUGGAAAAAGAAUUAGACUUGAGGAGGAUAACAAUGAUUCAAGGAUUUGUCAAAAGCUUGCUUCUGGAGAUUAUCAACCUGUAGCACCACAAGAAACAGAGCAAAGGAGUGAAGAGAAUGGUGAAGAAGAAGCUGGAAGCAAAUCAGGGAAGAAUACGGUUCUACACACAGUUGAUGAAAACGACUCUUCAGUUGGUGAAGGUGAUGCUGGUAAUGACUCCUAUACAAAGAAAUUUCAAGAGCUCAAGGUUCAGGCAUUAUUGCUCAAGCAGCGUAUUAUCGAGGCACAGAAAACUGUGGCAUGGUUGAAAGAAAGCAGAGCCAUAAAACAGGGAAAUUUAGCAGCAGCAGCUCGUUGGAUCUGACCUCUAGGCAUGUUAGAUGUUGUUUUGGGUAGUCAAACGCAAGUAGAAUAAUCUAAGAUCAAUCUAACCUGUGUAUUGUCUAACAUGUGAA